GGCAGUAGUGGGGCCACGGAUGCGGGUUACAGUCCAGCGAAAGAUGUCGCGGCCGGGGCCGCCGGCGGCCCUGGGGGACGAGCAGCCCGACAGCCUGGAGGGCUGGGUGCCAGUCCGCGAGGACCUCUUCGCCGCGCCCGAGCGACACCAGCUGCGCUUCCUCGUGGCCUGGAACGACGCGGAGGGCAAGUUCGCCGUGACCUGUCACGACCGUACGGCGCAGCGGCGGCGGCGCCAGGGGAGCCGGCCGGGGCCCAAGCCCGAGCCCGAGCCCGAGCCCCAGCCCGGGGCCGCCGCGCCCCCGCCCAGCUGGGCCGGCCUGCUCUCGGCCGCCGGGCUCCGCGGCGCGCACCGGCAGCUGGCGGCGCUGUGGCCGCCGCUGGAGCGCUGCUUCCCGGCGCUGCCGCCGGGGCUGGAGGCGGGCGGCGGCGGCGGCGCCUGGGGCCUGGGGCUCGGGCUGUGGGCGCUGCUGUGGCCGGCGCGCGCGGGCCCCGGCGAGGCGGCGCUGCAGGAGCUGUGCCGGCAGCUGGAGGGCUACCUGCGCGAGGCGGCCGACGGCUGCGGCGGCGCCGCGGUGCGCGACGCGCUCUUCCCGGCCGGGGGCGGCGAGGCCGACUGCGAGAGCCCACGCGAGUUCCGGGAGAGGGCCCUGCGCGCGCGGUGGGCCGAGGCGGGCGCGCGCCUGCGCCAGGUUCUUCAAGGGCAUGAAAAAGCCAACACCAUGGUGGCAUUAAUGCAAGUCUAUGGAGAGGAAGAUAAAGCAUACCAGGAAUUAGUCACUGUGGCGACCACGUUCUUCCAGUAUUUCCUGCAGCCAUUUAGGGAUAUGCGAGAAGUUGCAACUUCAUGUAAACUUGAUAUUUUGAAGUCCCUGGAGGAAGAUGAUCUGGGGCCUAAAAGGAUAGUUGCCUUGCAGAGAGAAGCCCAAGAAUGGGCCAGACGGGCUGAGGAAGCUAUCGUCUCUAUUCAAGAUAUUACGGUGAAUUAUUUUAAAGAAACAGUAAAAGCCUUAGCAGGAAUGCAGAAACAAAUGGAACAGGAUGAGAAGAGAUUUGGCCAGGCUGCCUGGGCCACAGCCACUCCCAGAUUAGAAAAACUCAAGCUGACAUUAGCUCGGGAGACUCUGCAACUCAUGAGAGCCAAGGAGCUGUGUUUAAAUCACAGAAGAGCUGAAAUUCAGGGAAAGAUGGAAGAUCUUCCAGAACAAGAAAAAAAUAUAAAUGUUGUAGAUGAAUUAGAAAUACAGUAUUAUGAAGUUCAACUAGAACUAUAUGAGGUUAAAUUCGAGAUAUUAAAAUAUGAAGAAAUACUGCUUAUUACACAGUUGGACUCUAUUAAAAGACUUAUAAAAGAUAAACAGGAUGAAGUUGUCUAUUACGAUCCGUGUGAAAGUCCAGAGGAACUUACCGUCGUCGCUGGUGUAAUGGGGCUGCAGGACGAGAAGAAUCUGGAGGUGGAGGAACUCAGCCGGCAGCGCCAGCGGCUGGAGUCUAAACGGGGCAGGCUCUGUGCUAGGAGAGCCUGUCUCCGGAGAAGAAGGGAUCAAUGCAAAGAAAAUCAUCAACUCAGAUUACAACAGGCUGAAGAAAGUAUAAAAUAUUUUCAUCAGCAUCAUAGUAUUCAGAUGAAAAGAAACAAGAUAAAAGAAGAGGAGCAAAAGAAAAAAGAAUGGAUAAACCAAGAACGCCAAAAAACACUCCAACGAUUGAGAGCAUUUAAAGAGAGAUGUCCAGGUCAGUCUGUACGGAAGACCUCUUGCUCAGAGCCUGUGGCUCCAAACCUGCCAGGUGGACUUUCCCAGCAGACAGGCUCGCCGACCUCUCAGAGGACAGUGGGAAUUCAUCAGUCCUCUGGGAAAACCAGAAGUGCUCCCUCAUCUGAAGUUAGUAAUCUGAAAACCCCCAACUGUCAAGACUGUCCUGGAAAUAUCCCUGUCCAGGUUUCUGUUCCAGUUGGUGACCAGACACACUCCAAAUCCAGUGAGGAACUGUCACCACCACCACCGCCCCCGCCACCCCCUCUCCCACCGCCCCUCCCUGCCGGGUCCUUUUCUUCUCAAUCUGCAACUCGUCAGAAUUUACACCUCAGGACUUCAGUAAAAGAUGAUCAGCCACUUCCUCUAGCGUGUGAAUCACCUGCUGAGAGACGGCGUGCUUCCUCAGACGGUUUUAAAUGCCCAGGAUCUAUGGAUGAGGUGUUGGCCUCCUUAAGGCGUAGCAGAACCCCUCUCCAGAAAGUGGAAGUGCCUGUUUUGCCCCCUCCCUGUGCCUCAGUCAAUGAGCACCUUCUGGCUGCCAUACGGCAAGGGGUCAAACUGAAGAAAGUUCACCCCGACCUUGGCCUGAGCCCCAGCAAGAAGCCAACCAGCGACCUGGAGAGGAGCAUCAAGGCGGCGCUCCAAAGAAUCAAGAGAGUGUCUGCUGACUCUGAGGAGGAGGAGGAGGAGGACAGCGAGGAGCGGAGCCCCCGAGAGUGGGACCAUUAAGCCUUCGUCAAGGCCGAAGGCACCGCGCAGUGUGCUGAAGGGGACGAUGUGGGCCCAGGGCCUGUUCUUGAAAAGCAGGUGAACAGAGGGCUGAUAGACUGGCCCCAGAACCCCGGAAAGAUCAGCAGGGCUUUGGGUGUGAUGCUGCAGCUUUUACUUGAUGCUGUGGCUCUUAAAACCAGAGAUGUGGUGACUUUCACACCAAACCAUAGCUGGGAUCUAAGAACACAUAGAAAGUAUUGCUGACAUAUGAGAAUAAUAUUUAUUUUUCACCAUGGAUAAUCUAGAAUCAUUUCCUUAUUCUGAAAAAAGUCUACACUACUAUUGUAAACAGCACUAUUAGACUACUGGCCCUAUCCUCCUGUGUGUGUGUGUGAGUAGUGGUGUCCUCAGAUUUAAAGGUUUCAAUGGAACGUUGUUUUAACAAUAAUCAGAAUAAAUUGCUUGUAUUCAGAAA